AUGCCCAGCAUCACUUUGGGCAGGAAGAGACCAUCAGAGGCAAUAGUCGAGAAUGGAGUAAAGCCUAAGAAGCUCAAGUUUACAGACGACGGGGCUGCAAUUGCCGUUGCUAGUGCCCCCACGCAGAGCUCAUCAAGAGUCAAGCCCGACUAUGGAAAGCUCACAAAAAAGAUGUCCAAUGUCGACAAAACGUCGCCGGAGCGAGCAAAAAAGACUAGCGACACGACCGGCAAAGCGAGUGGCAGUAGCAUCCUUGUUCAAGGCGAGAUCGACUUUCCUCGAGGAGGUGGCUCCUCAUAUACUCCUUUUGAACAUAAGAAACUACGCGAAGAGGCCAUUCGAGAAGCAGACUCUCAGAUUUUCAAGGAGUCCACGAGUUCUUUGAAGAAGAACAAAAAGCGUUCUCGAGAUGGAAAAUCUAAGAGUGGCGACCUUGACGAAGAAGAUCUACAAAACAAGGAUAGUCUUCGAAUACAGCACCUUAGUUAUAAAAAACUUUUGCCCGGGACGAGGAUUCUUGGUCAGGUCAUUGCUAUCCUCCCCUUCUCCAUCGUACUUUCGCUGCCGCAUCAAAUGGUGGGACACGUACCAGUAGACAAGGUAUCGCAUAUUGUGAACAAAGCUAUGGAUGAACUAGGAGACGACGGCUCAGAAAACGACGCCGACGAAGAAGAAAAUAGCACGAGCGACGAAGAGGAAAAAAUUAGCAGGAUCGCAACUCUGGAAGAUAUGUUUACCAUCGGACAAUAUGUUCUUGCGGUCGUCACAGCGGUUCACCCACAGGGCGUUGUUUUUACUCCCGCAUCUGGAGCGAGUGUGGACCUUGGCAAACCACAGAACGAGCUCGACAGAGCCAGUAGGCGAUUAGAGCUGAGCUUACUUCCUCAACAAUUCAACGCUGGGUUAUCCGGUAAAGACCUCAUUAAGGGCCAGGUCCUCCCAGCGGUCAUAACCAGCGUCGAAGAUUAUGGAUACACUCUCGACUUUGCGAUUGCGAACAUUUCCGGGUUUUUGCCAUUCCAACAUGCGGACCAAGAUGACAAUUCGCAAGAAGUUCCCCACAAUAUGAAAAUUGGCACGUGGCUUGCAACUACAGUAGUGAAGAUGGAGGAUAAUGGAAGGGUCUGCAAUGUUGGGAUAGGGAGUAAAGUUCCCAAGGCUGAACUUUCAACGCUCCCAUCAGCCUCUGCUGUUCACCCCGGUUGUCUUGUCAAGGCGAUGAUUACCGAGUCAGCCCCAGAAGGACUGAAUGUUCAGGUAUUGGGACUCUUCAGCGGGACCAUCCAUCCUCUCCACGUGUCCCCGGGCGCCGCUUCGACUGCAGUCGGCAAGAAAAUCAAGGCUAGAAUUCUUUGGGAUAUUCCAGGAACAGAACCAACUCAGUUUGCGCUCUCCACUCUCCCCCAUAUCCUGUCUCUCCGCCCCCGGCUGCUUACUUCACCGAACGACGGAGAAGAGAGCCAAGAUUUACAAGCAGUCUUCCCUAUCGGGACUAUACUGGAUGCUGUGAAAGUUGCUCGAGUUGACACCGACCGCAGUCUCUUUCUCCAGGUCACGGAAGGUCUACUCGGUACAGUUCAUAUAUCUGAUGUAGCCGAUGAGCAUGUUGCUUCACUCCCGGAUUCAUCAGGACCGUACAAAGUGGGGACUGUCCAGCGGGCUCGUGUGAUAGGUCAUAACCCUUUGGACGGCACAUUGAGGUGCUCUAUGAAAGAGAGCGUUCUCAGUCAAAAGUGGCUCAAGGCAGAUGAUAUACAAGUUGGAUCGUUGGUCAAGGGCACAGUUAUCAGCCUCAAUGAGAAGGGGUUGUUCGUAUCUCUUUCUGGAAACGUGCAUGCCAUCGUGUGGCCCAACCACUAUGCGGAUAUCCCACUCAAACACCCCGAAAGAAAGUUCAGAGUUGGAAAGUUGAUCAAAUGCCGUGUGCUCGUUGUCGAUCCCGCGCAGAACCGUAUUACAUUGACAGCCAAAAAGACUCUGAUGGAGUCUACCCUACCUAUCAUUUCUGCCAUCGAGACUAACCUUGUAAACGCAGUCACUCAUGCGAUUGUGUUCAAGAUUUCAGAACGAGUCUUGACCGUCGAAUUCUACAACAACGUGCGUGGCAUUAUCCCUUAUAAAGAGGCUCUCGAAACACUUGGACAAAACCUUGACCAAGCCUUCAAGAUUGGUCAAGUGGUCAAAGUUCGAAUUAUCGAGGUCAAAUUGGAGGCUGGCAUACUCGUCGCGAGUAUCAUCAAGGCAAAUUCCCCCGUGGGUCCGUCGAAACAAGACAUUCUUGCCAUGACAGAAAUCGGGCAAUCUGUUUCUGGGACAGUCUCAGACAUCCAUAAAGAGCACGUAGCCAUCACCCUGCAACCAUCAGGUGCACUCGCAUUGCUCACGCUCAACAAUCUUGCAAACGCUCGUGACACGUCCAUUGCGCAAUUGCGCUCCUCUCUGAAAAUUGGAGACGAUUUAAGAGACUUGGUUAUCGUCUCGAAGAACUCAGAGAAAGGCCUUGUCAUCGUCGUAGUCAAACCAAAAGACAACAGCAAAAAUAUGUUUAAUCUCAACGACCCGAAUCUCAAGCUCGAGAACUUACAGCUUGGACAAAGAGUUACAGGGGUCGUUUUGAAGCAUAGCAAGAAAGGGGCGGUCAUCAAGAUGUCGAAGCGACUAUACGGAUGCUUGCAUCUUACAGAAAUCUCGGAUGAUUACUCGACACACCCCAAACUACCUCCAAUAGAUUCCGUGGUCACUGCUGCAGUGGCCAACGUCGACAAAACGCAUCGACUCCUUGAUCUUUCUAUUCGCCCAUCCCUCCUCGAACCUCAGACGCAAUCACUCAUCGUAGAUCCGCGGAUCAGAAGCUUCGCAGAACUGCGCAUAGGGCAAAAGGUCCGAGGCUUCGUGACAGAAGUGGUCGACUUUGGCGUAUUUGUGGCGCUAUCGCCGUCACUCGACGCCAAAAUUCCUGUGAAGCACCUUUUCGAUGUCUACAACAAGGAUUGGAAGGGCUCCUUCACUCCUGAUCAGAUGGUGGAAGGGAGAAUUCUUCGGAUAAAUGUGGAUAAGAAUCAAGCAGAAAUGACUCUCCGUUCGGGGGAAAUUACUUCUCUCGCAACCAACGUGACCCUGUCGGACUUUUCCAAAGGGCAGAGAGUAGACGGUGUUAUUCAAAACAUUGCGGAAUACGGUGUUUUCAUCCAAAUCAAAGGUUCAGAUAUUAAGGGUUUAUGCCAUCGCUCAGAGUUGGCAGAUCCUAAUGGCCCAUCGGCCGAUGAGAUGCUCAAGACUUUCAAGAAGGGAGAUGUCGUCCGCGCUUUGAUUAUUUCAGUCGACGCUGAGAAGAAAAGGCUUGGGUUCAGCUUGAAGCCAUCACAUUUCUUCGAUGAGGAAUUGGAAGAUGUCGAAAUGGCAUCAGGAGGAGAGAAUCAAGAUCAAAAUUCAGACGACGGGUCGGAAAUUGUGAUGAACGGACAGGAGCCAGACGAAGAGGAUUCGGGUGAUGAACAGGAGCAGGAUACAGAUGGUCAUUCUGAAAUCACCCGCGAACCUGAAAAUGAGAUGGGAGCUCCAGCAAUCAACCUUGCAGCCCCCCUCCGAUGGACCGUUGCUAACGAUGCGGAAGAGGACGAAGCAGAAAUCUCGUCCGAUGAAGACGAUGGAGGGCCUGCUCGCAAGAAGCGAAAACGCAAGCACGAGAUUUUACAGGAUCUCACCCUCGAUCUCCAGAGUCGAGCCCCACAAUCCACAGCCGAUUUUGAGAGACUAUUACUGGCUUCACCCAAUUCUUCAUACCUUUGGCUACAGUUUAUGGCGUUCCAACUCCAACUCUCCGACAUUGAAAAAGCACGCGAAGUCGGCCGUAGAGCACUCAAAGCGAUCAACUUUAGAGAGGAACAGGAGAGACUGAAUGUUUGGAUUGGCCUGCUUAACCUCGAGGUUACGUAUGGAACCGAAGCGACCCUGGAUGCUAUCUUCAAGGAAGCCGCCAGAGCGAACGACUCGAAGACGGUUCAUUGGCGACUCGCCUUACUACUCGACGAUGCGCAAAAGCCAGAGCAAGCGGAGGAACAGUUCCGGAAGAGUUGCAAGAAGUUUGGAUCCAGUUGCAAAGUUUGGACCCUUUUCGCUGAGCACUACUUCAAGAGAGGCAUGCCAGAGAAGGCACGAGAGCUUCUUUCAAAGAGUCUGCUGAGCCUCGAGAAACGCAAGCAUCUGAAAGUGGCUUCAAAGUUUGCCCAGCUGGAGUAUCGUAUGGGAGAUCCAGAACGAGGGCGAACGCUGUUUGAAGGUAUUGUCGAUACGCAUCGAAAGCGAUUGGAUCUCUGGAAUAUCUACAUUGACAUGGAGACGGGUCAACGAGAUAUUCACAGAAUACGAAACAUCUGCGAGCGUGCCAUCACUCUCAAAUUAUCAAAAAAGAAAGCCAAAUUUCUGUUCAAAAAAUGGCUAGAGUUAGAAAAGCGACUAGGCGACAAAGAAGGAGAGGCACUCGUGAAGGUCAAGGCGGUCGAGUGGACUCAAAGUAGCACGCAAUCUGCACCAGAAUAG